ACUCCAACAACUAGUACUCCAAACAAAACCAAAUGGAUCAAAAUCAAGAUAUAUGUGUUGUGAUGGUGCCUUUUAUAGCACAAGGCCAUCUCAACCAGCUCAUCCACCUCUCUCGCCUCAUCUCCGCCUACAACCUCCCCGUCCACUUCGUAUGCGCCCCCAGUCAUACGCGCCAAGCCAAGCUUCGGGUCCAUGGUUGGGACCCUCUCUCCAUUUCCAACAUCCAUUUCCACGAGUUUCCGAUACCCGCUUUCCCUAACCAUCCACCCACCCCGAAUGCCACCCUACGCUUCCCUAACCACUUCAUGCCAUCGUUCAAUGCCAUCAUGCAUCUACGGGAACCCUUCCUCAAACUAUUAUCCGAUCUCUCGACCAAAAUGAAACGCGUAGUGAUCGUUCAUGAUUACUUGAUGAGCUCCAUCAUUCAAGACUUUGUUUCGGUCCCUAACGCUGAAGCUUACAUGUUUCAAGCUUGUUCUGCUUUUACUGCUUUUUGGUUCCAUUGGGAGGAAACACAAGCGUUAAAGUUGGACGAUGAAACCGAAUCGUUGAGGAUGAAACUCCCUUCGUUAGAAGGGUGUUUCAGCAACGAGUUUGUAGAGUUACUCAAUUCAGAAGACACAUCGUUCAAGAAAAUCAGCUCGGGAACGCUUUACGACACAAGCAAAGUGUUUGAAGAUAAGUACUUGGAGUUACUUAAGCACGAAAAAGUGACAUCCGGUACUACCAAGAAUUGGGCUAUCGGUCCAUUCAAUCCGGUUACCAUUAGCGAUCACAAAAACUUCAGUCCCGAAUCGGUCAAGUUAUUCAACUGGCUUGAUAAACAAGAACCAAAUUCAGUGAUUUAUGUCUCGUUUGGUACCACGGUUUCACUAACGGAUGAAGAAGUGAAAGAAAUUGCUUUCGGGUUGGAGGAAAGCGGUCAGAAGUUUAUAUGGGUGGUGAGGGAGGCCGAUAAAGCCGACAUUUUUGACGGUGUUGAUCGGAGAGUGGAGUUGCCGGAGGGUUAUGAAGAGAGGGUGGAAAGCAGUGAGGUGGGUGUAGUGGUGAGGGGCUGGGCACCACAGCUUGAAAUAUUGAAACACUCAUCUACAGGUGGGUUCAUGAGUCACUGUGGUUGGAACUCAUGCAUGGAGGGGAUCACAAUGGGGGUUCCUAUAGCUGCAUGGCCCAUGCAUUCCGAUCAACCAAGGAACGCUACUCUGGUAAGAGAGGUGCUUGGAACGGGGAUAUACGCGAGGGAGUGGGAGCGUAGAGACGAAAAGGUGACGGCAGCGAUGGUUUCAGAAGCGGUUAGACGAUUGAUGGCAUCGGAAGAAGGAUGUCAAGUAAGAAAGAAGGCGGCAGAACUUGGCGUUGCGGUCAGGCAAUCGGUGGAAGAAGGUGGCGUUAUGCGCAAGGAACUGGAUGAGUUUCUUGGUCAUAUCACCAGACAGUAACAGAUUUGAAUUUACUAUCGUUUGUGACGAAACAUCACAAAGCCAUCGAAGAUUUCUAAUCUUUGUCUCUAUCAGUGUCACCACCAUAAAGUGAUAAAAUUAUUACUAGUUUGAUACUAUAUUUUCUGUCACCUCUUGCUAUUAUCUAUCUACUCUUGUUUGUAUUUUAGAAUAAACGGAUUGACUGCAAACAGUUUCAUACUAUUCAGUCCGCUAAUUGGUUGAGCCGGGUAAUGACUCAAAAGUUGGAGAAUGUUAAAUGGUUUAGUUUGGAUGGAAAAUUUAAUA